AAAGCGCCCCACUAAAAGAAAACCAGGGGGUUCAAAUCAGUAGACCCCGCAGGCCAAUGUACGCGUCCGUUUCUGCCAAUCCAUCGUGGUUUAAAAUGAUUUAACCAUGCGGUUAUGUCACGACGAACAUGCGGUGGGUCACCGUCGUGCUGAUAUCACAUUCGUACUGUCGUUGUGUCGUUGCUAACGGAACAUCAUUUAACCACAGCCUCCUUCACUGAAAGCCAUGAAGCAUACAUCUGGCAACGCCGCGUGUGGGUCUAUCCUCUAUCGCCAAUCUCGUCCAUUUUGCUCGUGUUUGUGUUUUGCUGUGGUUUUGCUCCAUUUGUGAUUUUGAUUUGGACCGCACGUGAAUUGAUUUUUGCCUAGGUUAUGUUGCAUGCCAGGCUGCAAAUCUAAUUAUAAAAGUACCCUGAAAAAUGAAGAAUUACGAACAACUUUUUGUUUUCCAAAUGAAGAAUCCCUUCAAAAGUUAUGGCUGAAGGCUGAAGGCCAUUCACCGUGACAACUAUUCCAUAACAAAACAUUCAGUGGUAUGCUGCAAGCAUUUUACAGAAGGUGAAAUAAGGGGCUUUGAGGUUUUUAAGGACAAGGAUAGUGUUUUUCAAGAACGCCCUCUAGCACGGCCAACAUUGAAAAGAGGAGCUGUACCCCAUAUAUUUGCAAAUUUACCAAAAUAUAUGAGUACUCCAGAGCCGAAAGCACGUCGAGAUCUAGAGGAACGACAAAAAGAAUGCAUCCAAAGAGAAACUGAUCAAAUUGAGGCAUUUUUAAAUGAUGACUUGAUUGUAGACUUUGAUGAAUUCAAAUUACUUGUGCAGACAAAAACAGUGUUGAAAAACUGGUGCUUGAAAAAUUGUGGUGAAGUGUUUUAUUUUUAUUUCUUAAAUGCUGACUGUGAUGUGUUAGAGGAAGGCGUUAAGGUUAUCAAUAGUAUAGUCAUUCAUUCUGACAUGACUGUGCAAGUAUUCCUCCAUAACACGGACUUAUCUCCUAAUGACUUAAGGUGGACUUUACCAGAGCGGAAGCUUCAAAAAUGGUGUCAGAUUGAAAAUUUAUUGACAAGGUAUAGUUUUGCUCAGCAUACUGACUUGGAUGGUACUUUUCAUUUGAAAAAGGCACAUGAACAUCUGAUAUCAGCAAUUUCAAUCUUAAAUCAACAAAACAGUAAACAUCUCACAACUUUUGAACUUUUAAGGGACCAGCUUUCCCUCAUUACAUCGAAAAAGGUAUAUAAUAUGCCGACUUUAAUUUUUUCAUAGAUUAUUUUCAAUCAGUCAUCUUCAACAUAUGAACAUAUUAGAGAUUAUUUAAUUCUCCCUACUAGUAGACGUUUAAAGCAAAUUUCUUCAGAGUUUAAUGUUUCACAAAUUUUAGACAAAGAGAGAAAAAAUAGUUACCUUCAACAUGCAGCUUCAAAUCUCUCUGAUAGAGAGAAAAUUGUAUGACUUUUAAUUGAUGAAAUUUAUGUAAAAACUGGUUUACAGUAUAAAGCAAAGAAUGUGACUGGGUUUGCUGAAAAUGAUCCAACUAAGCUAGCCAAAACAGUUCAGACAUUCAUGAUAUCGUCUGCAUUUGCCAAUUUUAAAGAAGUUGUACGUCUUGUACCAGUGAAUAAUAUGCCAGCUGAUGAACUGUCCCAAAUAGUGUUAGUUGUAAUCAGAUUCAUACAAAUGGAGGGGUUUAAAGUGUUGUGUGUAAUCACUGAUAACAAUAGAGUAAAUCAAAAAGUUUUUAGGUGUCUCUGUAAUGUUGAUGUAUAUUUUUCAAAUCCAUCAGAUCCUGCAGAAAAAAUUUUUACACUAUUUGAUUUUGUCCACAUAUUUAAAAAUAUAUAUCAUAACUGGUUGAAUUUGAAAAAUUUUGAGCACACAUUUCUGUAUCCAAAUUAUAAUAAUUUUGAUGUUCAAGAAAAAGCUUCAUUUGAAAAUAUUAGAAGCUUUUAUAAGAAUGAAAUAGAAAAAUUAACUAAGUUGGCUUACAAAUUAAAUGAUAAAACAUUAUAUCCCAAUAAUUUAGAAAGACAAAGUGUAGUUUUGGCAAAUAAUGUUUUCCAUGAAUCAAAUAGUGCAUGAUUGGGGAGUAUCAUACAUGUAAAAAACACUUUAAAUGGUACGCAUAAAAGAGAUGAUCACUCGUGUCCCAUCAUUCCAUUUCACGAUGAAAAUACUAAAUUUUUGAAGAAAUUUUUAAAUUGCUUGGAUGCGUGGCAUCAAAAUAUUCAAAACGUUGGACUCAGUAAAGAUACAUACAAUGCAUUGAAACAUAGUACAAGUGUUAUGAUUAAAAUUGUAGACUAUUCUUUUGAACACUUUCCAGUUGAGUAUGUACUUUGUGGGAAAUUUCAAACAGAUAAUUUGGAAAAGAGGUUUGGUAGAUAUCGAUAUCUAUCUGGAUGUAAUUAUCAUAUUUCUAUCAAUGAAAUUCUAGAAUCUGAAAAGAAAAUCAGACUUCAGAAUGUUUUGAAGACGUGCAACACAGAAUUUGAUUUAAAAGAGCUUCGCAAUUCUUCCUUAACAUCUGAGCAAGAUACAUUUUCAGUGGAUAUAUCAGACUUUCUUUUUAUUUUGGAAACUGAUUAUUUAAUUAGCUAUGAUGUUGAUGAAGCAGUAAAAAUAUACAUAUGCGGAUGUGGGCCAUUCUCUCAUAAAAAAAAAAUUAGUUGUACAAAAUGCCAGGAAAAACUAAUUAAGAGCAAAGGUGUAAUGUUGGAAUUAGAUUAUUUUGAUUAUUUACAAAGAGCAGGUCUUUGUAUUCCAGCUGAUGAGAUAGGAUAUAUCUAUCAUCAUGCCUGUGCCAUUUUUACUUAUAUAAUUGAUCAUGAAAAUACUUUGAAAAUGUUAUUUGCCCGAUUAGAUCAUAAAACUAUUUUAGGUACACUAAUUGUGGAAAGUUUAGAAUCAGAUGUAUUCAUUGACCUUAAGAUUAUUUGUGAAUGUGGUAUGCCCCAUAAGAAAAUAUAUACUGCUACAACAUUCAUUAUAUGUAAUAUUUUAUUAAAUAACUUUACAAAAAAUAAAAACAACUUGUGUCACAAAGAAAAAAGUGACAAGAAAAGAAAACUAUUAACUUUGACAUCCUAGCUUAUAAAUAAUUAAUAUUUGUAUGCAAUAAGCGAUUAGUUCUAGGUGAAAAACAUAUAAAAAUUGAUAAUUUUUCUAUUAAACCAUCACAA